AUGGAUAGCAAAAGCCGCAAACUAUCUCUCCCUUUCCUUCCUGAAGAAAUCAUUGAAGAGAUACUGCCAAGACUUGCGGUGAAAUCACUCCUGCGAUUCAGGUGCGUUUCGAAGUCAUGGCAUUCUUUGAUUGGCAGCGAGCAAUUCAUCAAAACCCAUCUCCAAAUUUCAUCAAAAAACACAGCUCUUGCCCAUCACCGGCUAAUUACCUCUCGCUAUUCAAAACAGCGUCAGCACCGUAUGGGUCAAAUCGUCGGCUGCUGUAAUGGGCUGGUCUGCGUAAUCUGGAAAAACUAUUUCGUGUUGUGGAAUCCCGCCAUUAGAAUCUUCAAGGAAUCACCGCCCUCGUACCGUGUCGGUCUUGUCAAUUGUGGGUUCGGUUGGGAUGAAUCGAGUGGCGAAUACAAGUUGCUUGUGGUUUCUUUCAAUGAUUCUCCCAAUACGCAAGACCACUAUAUGUGUAAAGUUUAUGGCUCAAAGUCAAAUUCAUGGAAGCCGGUGGAGUCUGGGAAUUUUGAUUCCGUACAUGGUAAGGCGCAUUUUGCAAGUGGAAAGCUUCAUUGGCUCCGGAUGAAGGCGAAUGGCGGAUUAAUGAAUAUUGUUGCUGAUAUUGUUACAUUUGAUUUGAAGAGUGAGGCUUUUGGAAAGAUGGAGUUUCCACGUCCAUGUGAUUCAUCGGUGAGGUUGGGCGCUCUCGAGGGUCGCCUUUGUGUGGUCUCUAAUUAUAAGAGAACACACUUCGAUGUGUGGUUUAUGAAAGAUGAUUCUUGGGUGAAGAUGAUGCAAGUUCUUGUUUAUGAGCCUUGUCAAAGAUUUUCAGUCGUGAAACGAGUUUCGAGAGGCCUAGACGCAGAGAUUUUGCUACUCCGUGCACUGGUUUUCUCGGUUCACCAUCGAAAUCUUGUAGAAGAGGACGUGUUUUCGCUGUUCAAAAAACUCGAAGUGAAUGAUCUAUAUAUCCCCUCCGUGGAUGUUGGCACAUUGCCGAAUGUCAUGAACUUAGGAAAUUCUGGGAUUAAUGGAGAGGAAAUGCAAGUUGGGGAAGCUGUGAUGUCGAAGAGAGAGACGGCGGCGGCGGUGAAGGAUGGAAAGUCGGAGCAGAGUGAAAGGAAGAAAGGAGAAGAAUCGAGUUUGACUAUGCAAGGAAGAGGGACUGGUUCGUGUGAGGAAGAUUUGGCUGAAAUGGGGAACAUCAAAAGUGGCUAA